CCCGCCAUUAGUAGAAACUUGUAGUGCAAGAACUGAGGAUAUUUGAGGUUUUGUUGAUAAAGCUAUGUCAAAUAUAACGGUCUGCGCUCGAUUUAGGCCUUUGAGCUCAAAGGAGAGAAGAGAUCAUGGCGAUGGUGUCUGCAUUCACGGCAUCGACACUGAAUCUUUCAUUUUCAAGGAUGAGAAGGAAGAAGAUUUCACAUUUAACUUUGACAGAGUGUUCUAUGAGAAAUCCGAGCAAGCUGAUGUCUAUGAAUUUCUGGCUCUGCCUAUUGUUCGAGAUGCUGUUAAAGCCUUAAAUGGCACAAUCAUCACUUACGGACAGACAGGAGCCGGGAAGACAUAUAGCAUGGAGGGAUCAGGAAUUCUAGAACAGGAUGAGAAGAAGAAGGGAUUACUUCCAAGAGUAGUAGAUGGACUGUUUGAAUGUAUUAAAUCUUCCAGCGAAACAACAAAAUACACAAUGAAGUUUUCAAUGGUGGAGAUUUAUAUGGAGAAAGUCAGGGACCUAUUUGAUUUAUCAAAGGAUAACAUACAGAUCAAGGAGAGUAGAACACAAGGAAUAUUAUUAUCUGGAAUGACAGAGAUUUCUAUAUUGGACCCUGCAGAAGCAUUACAAAACCUAUCUAGGGGUAUAGCUAAUAGAGCAGUUGGAGAGACCCAAAUGAAUAUGGCCAGCAGUAGAAGUCAUUGUGUAUACAUAUUUGUGGUCCAACAAGAACUGAUCAGAGAUAAGAGGGUGAAAAAUGGUAAACUAAUUCUUGUGGACCUGGCUGGGUCUGAGAAAGUAGAGAAAACAGGAGCUGAAGGAAAAGUUCUUGAAGAAGCUAAGACAAUCAAUAAGUCCCUCUCAGCUUUAGGAAAUGUAAUCAAUGCUCUGACAAGUGUUGGCAAAGCAAACCACAUUCCGUUCCGUGAUUCCAAGCUUACUCGGAUUCUACAAGAUGCUCUUGGAGGGACCUCUCGAACUGCAUUAUUGUGUUGUUGCUCACCAAGCUAUUCAAAUGCAUCAGAGAGCCUAUCUACUCUCCGCUUUGGCACAAGGGCAAAGCAUAUAAAGGCAUCACCAUUCGUCAGUGAAGAUAAAUUCACCAAGAAACAUACACUAGUAACCAAAAGCAAAGAUGAGAAAUGUGACAGAGUUCUAGAAAAGUUGAAGGAGAGACUGAAUACUGAAGAUGUGAAGUUACUUGAGGAAUUAUUCAUAAUGGAGGGACUUCCCCUUGGUGAUGAAUCAGUUGAAGACUUGGAAUCAGUUUAUGAAGAUGUUAUUUCACAAACAAUUUCCUCAUUGCAGCAAACUCUGGAAUAUCUCCUAUUUAGAAUUGAGCAGCUUAAGGGUGAAAACGAGGUUCUCAAGGGAAGAGUAGCCGCUUCUGAAAGAUUUUAUGCACUCUACAAAAAGAGUAGAGAAGGACGAAGCCUUCUUUAUAAGAUGUCAGAAUUUGUUGGUUCUUCUGUUUGGCGAUUUGCGCCAUUCAACCGCGCCAAGAUGCAGAAAUGAAUAGUGUUUGUUACCGACAUUGGGACAUAAUAAUUCCUACCAUGCUUAUAGGAAGCAUAUCCAAUGGAGGAUUCAAGGAGAUGAUUUGAGUGAAUUGUGGUGUCAAAAAUUGAAACAGCAUAGGUAUCUGCUUUUCUGCAUUCGUUUGCAUGCCAAGAAAGAGAGGUAAAUCCUACUCUUAUUUUCACGUGAACAAAAAUUAUUGUAUCGUGACGAAAUUGUCAAGCAAGUUCUUGGACUCAGUUUGAAAAAGGACAGGAAAAACAAAAAACAGAAAAAGAAAAUGUGGAUGCUAUCAUAUACAUGAGUAUAUCUUCUAUUAUACGUGAUCUUUUCCCAAAAAAUAAUAAUUGUGCAUGCUUUUUGUUAACAAACAAAAAAGGGCAUGCUUUUUUGGGGCAGUUAUGUGGAGGCCUUAUGGUGUGGACUUGCCCGAGUGAUGAUGCU